CCGAUAACCAAAACCGAGGUGGUUCAUUUGUGUUUUUGCAUGACAGACCUUCUCGCGCGCAUCGAUGGUCUCGACGAGCCCCUCUAUACGCUCAUCUUGGACUUUGCGGGGCCGCUCUCGCUCUACCUCUUACGCCGCGGCGAGUGGAGAGGCAACUUUAGCCACCGCGACGACGACAUCGAAGCCGUGUACGCCGACGCGUACGCGAUGAACUGGCAGGGCGACCUCGCGACGCUGCCCGAAGGCGGCCCGCGUCGGUGGCGCGACCGCACGAGCCGGUCGUUCGAGUCCAUUUCGACGCCCGAGAUGUACGAGCGGUAUCGAGCGCUCACCUACUGUCGCGCCACGUGCCCGUUUGGCUUUCGGAAUGCGUACGACGACGACACGCCGGCACGCGACGACGACGAUGACAACGACGAUACGGGCGUCUUGACCAUCCCACCCGACACACUUGACGAAGUCGGCUUGCGCAACCUCUGGUACGACGCAGUCGUGCUGUUCUUGGACCGUCCGAUUGCGCUCGCCCACGCGGCGGCGUACGGCGGCCACGCGAAUCUCCUCUUUACCUUGGAACAAGACUAUGGCGUCGACCUCGCGCGCCUUCGCUCGACGCCCGACGGGAAAAAAUACCUCUUGGACUACGCGGCGGGUCGCGGGUACCUUGACGUGGUCAUGUUUCUCACGCGCGCCGGCAACCCGUAUUGCACGACGGACGCCAUGGACGAUGCGAUUGCCAACGGCCACGUCAAGACCGUCCGGUGGCUCCACUACGCGCGCAACGAAGGCUGCUCGACCAAGGGCCUCGACAAGGCGUACUACCACCGCCGAACGUCGCAUGCGCAUACCGCGAUCCUUGACUUUCUCGUCCAAGAGUGCGGCCUGGUCGGCUUCUCGGAGGAGUCAUUUGCGAUUGCGGCGGCGUAUGGGGACAUGCGGUUUCUCCGGGCGUGCCAUGCGAACGGCGUCGUCUGCACCACCAAGACGAUGGACGCGGCCGCGCGCAGCGGCAAGCUCGAGGUGCUCGAGUUUCUGCACGCGUACCGCAAGGAGUGCUGCUCGGAUGCGGCGUUCACGCGCGCGGCGGCGCAGGGGGAGCUCUCGACAGUGCAGUUUCUGCACACGCACUACCCCAACGUCGGGAACCUCGUCAACGCCAUGACUGCCGCGGCGCGGCGAGGGCGCCUCGAGGUUGUCGAGUGGCUGCAUACGCUCGUGCCGAUCGGAACGGCGGGCUCCAAGCCCAUGGACGCUGCGGUGCGUCACGGGCACUUGAAGGUCGUACAGUUUCUGCAGUCGCACCGCCCGAGUGAAGGCCUCUCGCUGCGCGCGUUUGAAGCUGCGCUCUGCAUGAUGCACGAAGAUCUCUACCUCUUCUUGAUGGGAACGCGACCUGACUUUGCGACGCCCGCGACGCUCGACUGUGUUGCGCGCCACGGUCGAGACGAGCUGAUUUGGGACCUCUACGCCCGCGGCGUCCGCAGUCCCAACACCAUGGCCUGGGCGGCGUGCUGGGGCAGAAUCGAGUGGAUGCGCAAGCUCCAUGACGUGUACGACGAGGCAUACACGGACGCGGCGACGGAUCGCGCCGCGAGCCGAGGUCACACCGACGUCGUCGACUUCCUCCUCGAGGAGGCGGGCGUCGACUUUACGUACCAAGGCAUCUACUUGGCGGCGUACUACGAUGAGGCGGCGGCUCUUGCGCAUCUUGCCGCACUCGACACGUCGAAGCGCAGGGCCAGGGCGAUUCUCGCCGCCGCGGGCCUAGAUGGCGACGUCUGGUAUAUCAGGGACAAGUACACAAGCUUGAUUGACCCCGCACGCGAGGACUUGCUCGUUGAACGCGAAGACGACGCCUCGGACACCGAUGCCGACGACUAA